GUUUGUUAAGUUUAAUAUAAUAUAAUUAAGUUUAUUCGAAAUUAGUUUAUAAUGGAAAAUGCAGAUGUUGAUCAAAGAUUGCGUGAUUUGCAAAGGGAAUAUUUGGAUUUUCUCGAUGAUGAAGAAGACCAAGGAAUUUAUAUGCAACAAGUGAAAAAUUUGAUAUCAGAUAAAUUAGUUCGCCUAAUAGUAAAUAUAAAUGAUUUGAGACGAAAGAAUCCAGUUCGUGCUACUUCAUUGUUGAACAAUGCCUUCGAGGAGCAAUUGGCUUUCCAGAGAGCAUUGAAAGAAUACAUUGGAUCUGUUGAUCCGACAUAUGCAAAGGAACAUGAAGAUUUUUUUAUUGCCUUUGAAGGAAGUUUUGGAAAUAAACAUGUUACACCUAGAUCUUUAACAUCUAGAUAUCUUGGAAAUCUUGUUUGUGUGGAAGGAAUUGUUACUAAAGUUUCAUUGAUCAGGCCAAAAAUAGUUAGAAGUGUGCAUUAUUGUGAUGCAACCAAAAAAGUUAUUGAGCGCAAAUAUACAGAUUUAACAUCAUUUGAUGCAUUUCCAUCAAGCUCUGUUUACCCUACAAAGGAUGAAGAUGGCAAUUUGUUAGAAACAGAGUAUGGAUUAUCAGUAUAUAAAGAUCAUCAAACAUUAACAAUUCAAGAAAUGCCUGAGAAGGCUCCUGCAGGUCAAUUGCCACGUUCUGUUGAUGUAGUCUGUGAUGAUGACUUAGUAGAUCGGUGUAAACCUGGAGAUAGAGUUCAGAUUGUAGGAAAUUACCGGUGUCUUCCAGGAAAGCAAGCAGGAUAUACUUCUGGCACAUUUAGGACAAUUUUGAUAGCCAAUAAUGUAUCACAAUUGAACAAAGAUCAGAACCUUUCUAUAUCUCGUGAAGAUGUUGCGCUGUGUAAAAAACUUGCAAAAAGUAAAACAGAUGUUUUUGCAUUAUUAUCUAAAUCUUUGGCUCCAAGUAUACAUGGACACCACUAUGUUAAAAAAGCCAUUUUAUGUUUAUUGCUUGGCGGUGUUGAAAAGUUGCUGCCUAAUGGAACAAGGCUUAGAGGGUAAAUAUAAGAUAUUAAUAUUUUGUUAAUUGGAGAUCCAAGUGUAGCUAAAUCUCAAUUGUUAAGAUAUGUUUGUACAGCACCUAGAGCAAUUCCCACUACUGGAAGAGGAUCAUCUGGUGUGGGUCUAACAGCGGCUGUUACCACUGAUCAAGAAACUGGUGAAAGAAGACUUGAAGCUGGUGCCAUGGUGUUAGCUGAUAGAGGAGUUGUCUGUAUUGAUGAAUUUGAUAAAAUGAGUGAUAUUGAUCGAACAGCUAUUCAUGAGGUUAUGGAACAAGGAAAAGUUACAAUUGCCAAAGCAGGAAUACAUGCUAGCUUAAAUGCUCGUUGUUCUGUACUUGCAGCUGCAAAUCCUGUUUAUGGACGAUAUGAUCAAUAUAAAACACCCAUGGAAAAUAUUGGCCUACAAGAUUCACUGUUGUCUCGUUUUGAUAUACUGUUUGUUUUACUAGAUAUUGCUGAUGCUGAGAAAGAUCACAUGAUAUCUGAUCAUGUUGUUAGAAUGCACAGAUAUAGAAAUCCUGGAGAGCAAGAUGGCUCUGUUUUGCCAAUGGGUUCCUCUGUCGACAUGUUGUCUACUCAGGAUCCAGAUCAUGACCCUUCUCAAGUAAGGGUGGAAACUCCGAUGUAUGAAAAAUAUGAUGCUUUAUUACAUGGAAAGAGCAGAAAGCCGAACGGAGAUCAAAUAUUAUCAGUAGCAUUUAUGAGAAAAUAUAUACAUAUUGCAAAGUGUAUGAAGCCAAAACUAACUGAAGAAGCUUCAGAACUAAUUUCUGAUGAAUACUCUAAGCUACGAUCUCAAGAUAGUAUGGAAUCAGUUGAUGUUGCACGAACACAACCAGUUACUGUGCGUACAUUAGAAACAUUAAUUCGGUUGUCCACAGCACAUGCAAAAGCUAGAUUGUCUAAAUUAGUUACUGAAGUUGAUGCCCAAGCUGCAAUUGAACUUGUGCAAUAUGCAUACUUCAAAAAAUCUCAAUUGUUAAGAUAUGUUUUGUGUACAGCACCUAGAGCAAUUCCCACUACUGGAAGAGGAUCAUCUGGUGUGGGUCUAACAGCGGCUGUUACCACUGAUCAAGAAACUGGUGAAAGAAGACUUGAAGCUGGUGCCAUGGUGUUAGCUGAUAGAGGAGUUGUCUGUAUUGAUGAAUUUGAUAAAAUGAGUGAUAUUGAUCGAACAGCUAUUCAUGAGGUUAUGGAACAAGGAAAAGUUACAAUUGCCAAAGCAGGAAUACAUGCUAGCUUAAAUGCUCGUUGUUCUGUACUUGCAGCUGCAAAUCCUGUUUAUGGACGAUAUGAUCAAUAUAAAACACCCAUGGAAAAUAUUGGCCUACAAGAUUCACUGUUGUCUCGUUUUGAUAUACUGUUUGUUUUACUAGAUAUUGCUGAUGCUGAAACUGAUCACAUGAUAUCUGAUCAUGUUGUUAGAAUGCACAGAUAUAGAAAUCCUGGAGAGCAAGAUGGCUCUGAUCCAGAUCAUGACCCUUCUCAAGCUGGUGAAACUCCGAUGUAUGAAAAAUAUGAUGCUUUAUUACAUGGAAAGAGCAGAAGCCGAACGGAUCAAAUAUUAUCAGUAGCAUUUAUGAGAAAAUAUAUACAUAUUGCAAAGUGUAUGAAGCCAAAACUAACUGAAGAAGCUUCAGAACUAAUUUCUGAUGAAUACUCUAAGCUACGAUCUCAAGAUAGUAUGGAAUCUGAUGUUGCACGAACACAACCAGUUACUGUGCGUACAUUAGAAACAUUAAUUCGGUUGUCCACAGCACAUGCAAAAGCUAGAUUGUCUAAAUUAGUUACUGAAGUUGAUGCCCAAGCUGCAAUUGAACUUGUGCAAUACGCAUACUUUAAAAAGGUUUUGGAGAAAGAAAAGAAAAAGCGAAGACGAGAUAGUGGUGAAGAUUCAGAUUCAAGCCAAACACAAAGUCAAAGUAGACCAAAAAGAACCAGAGUUUUGAGGAGACCACCAGGAGAAGAAGGCCAUGAUCCUUAUGAAUAUGAAUCUGAUGAAGAAAUGGUAGAUACUCCUGAUGAAGGUGACUUAACACGAAGAGCUACAAGGCAGACUCGACCAGUUUCAGAUGCACCAUCAACUUCUCAAAAUACAGCUGCCAUUUCGACAGACAGUGAACCCCAUGUUGAGUUAUCUCCUGCAAGACUGCAGCAAUUCAAAUCAAUUCUGCAACAAUUAUUCAGAAAAGAGCGUACACAGUCUUUGUCAAUGGUUAAAGUCGAGGAGCAUGUAAAUAAUGAAGUAACAGAGAAGUAUUCCAAGAGUGAAAUUAAACAAGCUGUUGAUAUUAUGACAAAUGAAAAUCAAGUUAUGUUGGCUGAUGAUAUUUUAUUCCUUAUUUAA